UAUAUUGUUUACUUUAGGGCUGGUUGAGAUUAGCAUUAUGCAUCCACUUGAUGUAGUCAAGACAAGGUUUCAGGUACAGAGAGGUCCUGAUGAUCCUACUCGCUACAAGUCCUACAGUGACUGUGUCAAGAAAAUGAUCCGUAAUGAAGGUCCAUUGUCAUUUUAUAAAGGGGUCUUACCUCCACUAAUGGCCGAGACUCCUAAAAGAGCCACUAAGUUUUUUACAUUUGAGCAGUAUAAGUCUUUGCUUACCAGGAACAGAGAUGCAACAGCUAUGACCUAUAUAAUAGCUGGUACUGGCUCAGGGAUUACCGAAGGCAUAAUGAUCACUCCUUUUGAAAGAGUGAAGAUAUCACUCCAGUCAUUGCGCUCUCACAUCAGAGAUACUCCAGGGACCUUCUCUCAUGCUCGUGUUAUCAUAUCAAAGGAUGGUUUUGGUCUCAAUGGUCUUUACAAGGAGCUGGGGGCUACAGUAUGGAGGCAUGGGGUUUGGAAUGCAAUUUAUUUUGGAUUCUAUCACAAUAUGAAAGGAUUCUUCAUUAGCUCAGAAUCUCCAUCAAUUUCCAAGAGACUUGCUCUUGGUACUAUAGCAGGGACUAUUGCUAGCACUGCUAAUAUCCCGUUUGAUGUAGCCAAGAGUCGUAUCCAAGGUCCUCCUCCUAAUGGAGAUAUACUCAAGUAUAGAACAACACUUCAGACGAUAGGAGUGGUUUUUAAAGAGGAAGGUUUCUUUGCUUUGUACAAAGGUUUGUUACCAAAGCUAAUGAGAUUAGGACCAGGUGAGCACAUAAUCAUGAUAGUCCAUGUUUUUCACAUUUUCUUGUACAUUUUGAUGUCCUUAUGCUAUAUAGGAAUGACAUUGAGUCGGUACCAGUUGAGAGGGUAUCACGGGGAGAGGAGAGGGGAGAGAGAAGAGAUGCAGGACUCUCAUGUUAUCAUUAACGACAUGAUGGAACAGUUCCCAACUCUCUCUAAUUCACCGGUUAGCAGUGUGUCUUAUUAUGGUGUUUUUGAUGGUCACAGUGGAUCCCGUGCCUCUGAGUUUGCAGCUGGUAAUCUUCAUAGAGUGAUUGUUAAUAAAUUCCCAAAAGAGGAUGUCUCAGCUCAGUCGAUCAAACGCUGUCUUGUUGAUUCUUUCAAGAAAACUGAUUCCGAUUUCUUGUCGCUCGCAGCAAAAGCAACGCCGAGUUGGAAGGAUGGCUCAACUGUUGCCAUCAUCAUGGCAAUGGAUAAUGUAUUAUAUUCAGGUAAUCUUGGUGACAGUAAAUCUGUUAUGUACCGGAGAAGUGAUGAGGGAGACACUGGAGGAGAGCCUCCCGUAAUAUCAGUUCCAUUAACUAAAGAUCAUACCUCUGCCAGUUUGGAGGAAAGGAAGAGGAUAGAAAAAUCUGGUGGAUUUGUUAGGGAAGGACGUAUAAUGGGUAUUAUGGAGGUUUCUAGGAGCAUUGGUGAUGGGAGGUUCAAGGGGUGUGGCCUCAUAGCAACUCCACACGUUUCACGAUGUGAACUGACUGAGAAUGACCUAUUUGUAGUGGUUGCUUGUGAUGGUUUGUGGAAUGUUUUUAAAAUGGACGAAGUAGCAAAGUUUAUACUAGGAGUAGUCAAUGAUGAAUCUAUUCAGAAACCAGGAGAAGAUGAUAGAUUGAUUCAAGGCACUGAAGUCGUCAGUGAUAGAGAGUAUAGGUUUGAAGUGGCUUGUAACAGGCUGGCAGUUGAAGCAGUCAAGAGAGGGUGUACUGAUAAUGUAACUGUUCUUAUUGUUGACAUUAUAAAGAAUAACAAUCAUUAAGAAAUU